CAUCUAUUUCGAAAUACACAGGAAACUCAUUCCUUCCUAUUUCGAUCCACUCAAUUUCGAAAUAACAUCUCAGUUUGUCAUUAACUCCCACUCCUAUUUCGAUUCAGACCUAUUUCAGGUCCUACCCUUUGUCACCUUGUUAAUACAGUGUUAUCAGAGUAGCCUUAUAACUUGGUUGAUCUGAAUUAAAAUGAGUACACAUCUUUGGGGUACGGGCAAUAUCCAGAGAAUUCCGUUUUGGGAGCAACCACUAAAGCCGUCCGUGAUGAUUCCGGAAAACCAAUGGGCGUUCGUCGCUAAUCAACAUUGAUCAAACUUCUUACUCACUCAAAGAUAGAAAAUUAUUGGGUUUUUCAAAUCAGGCAUGAAUAUAGCAACCUCAUCAAAAAUAAGUUGGCAGCAGCAUUCAACAAGUAUCUAUAAAUAGCAAUCAAACUACACAAACCCAUAUAUACAUAUAUAUAUACACACACACAUCACUCUCCUACACACUCGAUCGAACCAUGGCUCCAUCAGUCUCCAUGAUCCACUCAGACUCAACCCCACAAAACAUUAUGGAUUUUGUUGUGAACAAAGGUCAUGGAGUGAAAGGCUUAGCAGAACUAGGACUCAAGACACUACCACAACAAUACAUUCAACCUCCACACGAACGAUUUGAUCAUUCAAGCGACGACGAGGAACAACCAAAUAAUCAUACCAUCCCAGUUAUUGAUAUGUCCAACUGGGAUGACCCAAAAGUAGCCGAAGCAGUAUGUGACGCAGCGCGAAAAUGGGGCUUUUUUCAAGUGGUGAACCAUGGUGUCCCUAUUCAUGUUCUUCAGGAUGUUAAAGAUGCAACCCGCCAGUUUUUCGGGUUGCCAGCAGAAGAAAAGCGUAAAUACUCGAAAGAACGAUCGGUUACUAAUAAUGUUCGUUUUGGUACAAGCUUUACGCCUGAAGCCGAGAGAGCUCUCGAGUGGAAGGAUUAUCUCAGCCUCUUCUUUGUCUCGGAUGAUGAGGCUGCUUCCUUCUGGCCUCCAGUGUGCAGAAAUCAGGCUUUGGAAUAUGUCAAGAGUUCCGAACCCGUUGUCAAGAAGUUGCUCACGAUACUAAUGAAGGGAUUGAACGUAAAAGAGAUCGACGAGAGCAAAGAGUCGAUGCUAAUGGGGUCAAAGAGGAUUAACCUAAACUACUACCCAAAAUGUCCCAACCCUGAGCUCACUGUCGGGGUUGGGCGCCACUCAGACGUAUCCACACUCACUAUCCUCCUUCAAGACGAAAUAGGAGGACUUUACGUGCGAAACACCGAGACCAUGAAAUGGAUUCAUGUCCCUCCGGUUAGCGGAUCUUUGGUGAUCAACGUUGGGGAUGCGUUACAAAUCAUGAGUAAUGGGAACUACAAAAGCGUUGAGCAUCGCGUAGUUGCCAAUGGAAGUAGUAACAGGAUUUCAGUCCCGAUAUUUGUUAACCCGAGGCCUAGCGAUGUGAUCGGACCGCUACCCGAAGUGCUUGAAAGUGGUGAGAAACAAAUCUAUAAGAAUGUACUCUACAAGGAUUAUGUCAUGCAUUUCUUUAGCAAAGCACAUGAUGGGAAGGCAACUGUUGAGUUUGCAAAGGCAUGAUUUUGUGUGUUACAAAGCCUUUUUUAUUUAACUGAACAAAUAAUUAUAAAGUUUUAUAAGUAUUGUAUGAAGCUUUGAGCUUGCUUGAUGGCUUGAUAGAGUCAAUUAAGCUUGUAAAAACAUAUGUUUAAUCGUAAUGUUUAUUAUGAUAUUGUAAUAUGUUUAAUUUAUUAUCUUUAAGUAUUUUCAGUUUA